GUGCGCUAGGAGGCAGCGGCGGUGUUGAGUUCACUCCAGAAACGAGAAGAAAAGCUUCGCAUGUCAACACAGUUGUAAAUAUUAAUUGUCAGUAAAUGUUCAGCGCGGUCGUUCAGACGUUUUCACUGGAUUUUAUGUCAAUGAAUCAAAGCCGACUCCAGUAAGAGACGGCGAGUUUAUUCCUGACUGAGAGGACUGUCUGAAGAGCGGGAAACGAUAAGCUAAGCUAGCUAGCUAAGCUAGCAAACAAGCGCCACAUUGUGGAUUUAUUUCAUAUUUUCCUCCAUUAAAACAUCCGAACAUAACUGGUGACUCGGCUGUAUCUUGUAGUCACGGCUUAUAGAAGGGAGUGUUACCAUGUAUUUUAGCUGACAAUCAGUGUCUGACUUAAAAAAGUUGUAGACUUUGUACGCCUUGUUUUUUGUAACUGCAACGAUGACAACUCUUACAAGACAGGACCUUAAUUUUGGUCAAGUGGUGGCUGAUAUUCUCUGUGAGUUUCUGGAAGUAGCCAUUCACCUGAUCCUUUACGUUAGAGAAGUUUAUCCAUCUGGGAUAUUUCAGAAGAGGAAAAAAUAUAAUGUUCCUGUGCAGAUGUCAUGUCACCCCGAGCUGAACCAGUAUAUUCAGGACACACUCCAAUGUGUUAAACCCCUUAUUGAGAAGAAUGAGGCAGAGAAAGUUGUAGUGGUAAUCAUGGAUAAAGAGCAUCACCCGGUGGAGAGAUUUGUGUUUGAGAUCUCACAGCCUCCUCUCCUUUCAAUCAGCUCUGAGACUCUGCUUUCUCAUGUAGAGCAACUGCUGCGAGCUGUAAUCCUGAAGAUCAGUGUAUGUGAUGCUGUUCUAGAUAACAACCCACCAGGGUGCACAUUCACUGUGUUAGUUUAUACCAGAGAAUCUGCCACUAGAAACAUGGAGAAAGUUCAGGUGAUCAAGGACUUUCCCUGGAUUGUAGCAGAUGAGCAAGAGGUCCUCAUGCAAGAGCCCAGACUCAUCCCUCUGAAAACUAUGACCUCAGACAUUGUAAAGAUGCAGCUAUACGUUGAGGAACGUGCACAUAAAGGACAACAAAACACAGCAUGAAUGGACUGUGCCUGCUGAAAACUCAUUUAGCUUUGCCAGUAUUUUUUUGGUCAUUUAUUCUGUAAAAAAGAAAUAAAUAUAAUCUUAAGCAAAA